GUAUGUAAUAAUUUGUCCACUUUGUGGGCCUGAAAGACCUUCUCACCGAUCUCUAUUCUUAGUAUCCUUCGCUGCUCAUGUGCUCUCUGUUUACUCUCUGAAUUAUGAUUUCAAAUGAUUUCUAUUUUAAUAUUCAGAAAAAAAAGUUAAUAAACACAAAUUAAUUUACCAAAAAUUCAUAAUAUCCCGCCCAUUCCGUCUCCCUCUAAAUAAGUACUAUUAUACCUAAUCCUUCAUUAUAAUUUUGUUCUUCUUCUUCUUUCCCUCAUCAUCACUACCACAUCCUCGUCUUCUCUCCUCCUUUAAUUUAAAAUUCAUCCAAUUUCGCUCCUUUUUCCCUCCUCCUCCUCCCUCCGUUCCCCUAUCCUUCACUCCACCAUGGCCUCUAAACCCAAAGCUUCAGCGAUGGCGGUGACGGAAACAGAGGAGCUCCCACCUCUCCAACCAGUACUAAUGAAGGCGGCAGACGAAUCAGAAGAUAAAGAGAAUGAAAUGGUGACUCCAAAGUCGGAGAAUUGCAUCCUAAAGCAGCCGACCGUCUGCCCGCCGGCUCCCCGGAAACGGGAGCCGGCCCGCCGGAAACGGGAGCCGGCUCGCCGGAAGCCAUUAGCGGAGCUCAGUCCCAACAGAUUCUACACCGUGCCGCAAGAUUUGUCGUCGGCUUUCAUGAAGCGAUCCAAUAGCUCUCCUCCAAAGAAGAGAAUUCGGCUUCUCUGAGCCCCAUCCGGCCUCGUUUCGGCUCUAUUUUGAGGUUUUACUGUUUUUCAUCGUUUCAAGAUCUCGUUUUUAUUGUUUCUUCUUCUCUCGAUCCAUCUGGUGCUAAGAGAAAUCAGUGAAAUGAGAAGUAUAUAGCUGUGAUGUAAUAAUUUUGGUUUCAUGUCCUGUGAAUUAAUUCUCUCUUUCCACUUGCCCUAAUGAAAGCAUUUUAGUUCUUAUUUACUUCUUCUAUUUGAGAAAAAGCAAAAGCAAUUUCGCCCUCUCCCUCUCUAA